AUGGCGCAACUGGAGCAGCCAGGAUCAACGAACAUGACCAAGGCGUUGGAAGCUCUUUCGCCGUGGCUCGAGAACCCACGGAGCAUAGUCACGCAAGUGGAGGCACUCGUCCUCGCCGCAGCCGUGCUCCUGCUCCUCCAGCUGCUCCUCUGUUCCUGCAGGCGGCAGUCGAGCAACGCCCUCAUCCAGGGCGGCGCGUGGGUGUCCUACACCAUGUCGUUCCCUCUGGUCACCUACGCCUUGGGCAUGAUGCAGACUUCCCCGGUGAAGAAUGUCAUGUACCCCGUCUGGGCCGUCUCCUUGUUCCUGGUUGCUGGAUGCACCAACGUGGUGACAUCCUACGAUCUUGACGACAACAAGCAGUGGAAGAAGCAUCUGUUCGAGCUGUUUCAGUAUGCCCUCUACUCAGCAAUUAACAUUAAGCUGCUUUUCCCUUAUAGCACCGCAGAAAUAUUCAGUCUUGAGGCUAAAUCUAUCGAGUCUAUAUCCAUCACCCCUGUUAUCAUGAUCCUCAACUUGAUUGUGCUGCUCACAAAUUUUGUGAAAGUUAUCUCGUGCUGGAAGGUAGGCGUUGACUUCUCCACCAUACGAGUUGCUCAUUUCAUGAAGCAGCAGGCCAGAGAGGAAGGUCCUAGUGUGUUCAACCCUGAAACCAUGGAAGGCUACAAGUACCCUAUUCGCUGCGGUAGAGACGUAACAAUCGGCAUUGACGAGGUCUGGAAAUCGGAAAGCACGCUUUUCAAGUCAGGUCGUUCCACGAAACUGAAAGAUUUUUGCCUAUCAUAUGCCUUGUUUAAGCUCUUGAGACGGCAGUACCAUGGGAUGGAAUGUGCUGAAGCCGGCCUUCCUGAAACCCGUGAUUUUGUCUUGAAGGGAUUGCUGCUGAAAGAAGACGACUGGCAUAUUGCAAGGGCGUUCAGGAUUGUAGAAGUAGAAUUGGGGUUCUAUCAUGACUUUCUCUUCACCAAAUACAGUAUCAUCACUAAGUGGGAGAAAUUGUUCUUUGCAAUGUGGAUUCUGAGGAUACUUCUUAUAUCUGUUGUUUUACGCUAUGUGACCCAGAAUUCAUUGGCUGUCAUGACGAAAGCUGCUAUCAUCGAGGUGCCUACCAAGACUGCUGAUACUCUCAUUACUGUACUUGUUCUAACCAUUAUUCUCGUGGUUGAAGUUCUGCAAGCUCUGCUUUACCUGGUAUCAGACUGGGCCAAAGUAUCAUUUACCAAGAAAUAUGUCAGAAACCCUUCUUACCGGGUCAAUGCUUUUUUUCUGAAGAUUAUUGUUACCAUCAGCAAGUUUAGCAUUUUGAGUUAUUGGGCAAAACAAAUUGGACAGAGUUCGGUGAUUUCAGACAACAAAUCUUUUGCCAGACAUCUGCAGUAUGUCACAGAACGCCCUCCACACCCACUUGUGAUGUUGUUCAGCACCUCCAAUCUUGGCAAAAGGACAAACAGGGUGCGCGUGUGUAGCUUGGUCAAGGGAGCUAUGGCAAGGUCCAUUAAAAUGAGUGAAGAUCCUCUAACUAACGGCAAGUCAUCACUAGACCGCAAUGGAGUGCUGGGAGAAUUCUUGUGGGCACUGAAUGGACAAACUCAGACAGAGAUCAUGCUAAUUUGGCACAUUGCGACUGAGUACUGCGAUAUUGCUCUAACCUAUGCUGCUCUGCCUAAUGCCAAGGAAACAGAUAAAAACAUAAAGUGCCACCGUGAAGUUGCAGUCUGGUUGUCAAGAUACUGUGCAUACUUGAUAGAUUCCGCCCCAGAACUGCUUUCAGACUACAUAGAUACGGAGAUGCCCAUAGCCAUGCUGAUGCAAGAGAUGCGCAAAGCUUUCGGAAAAUGUACAUCCACGCAUGCCAAAUUUGAGGUCAUGAAGAAUUUAGAAGAGCAGGAGAAGAAGACCAUGUUCAGGCAGGGAGUGAAGCUGGGGAAGCAGCUUGAGUGCUUGGAUGCUGCUGGGCGGUGGAAGGUGAUGGAGGAAUUCUGGUCGGAGACCAUCGUCUACAUUGCACCAUCAGAUAAUGUCAACGGGCACUUGGAACGCCUUGCAAAAGGGGGAGAGUUUCUAACCCACAUCUGGGCUCUGCUAUCUCACGCUGGCAUCCGGGCGAUAAACAGGGAGCAAGAUAACAACACCAUGCCCAGCCACCCAUCCCAAGAAAAUGUGUGA